GAAGUGGUGUGUAUAUGCGCCGUUUCAGCUCCUGCUGGUUUUCUGGCUCCGUGGAGCGAUAGAGCCCGGUGUUGAGCAGCAGCUGCAGCUCAGUGCGCCGUGCGGAGAUGGAGGAAGAGCUGGCCGCCGCUCAGCUCCUGUAACCCGGACAGGAGAGCAUCGGACGAGCCGGUGGGGAGGGGCGGGGAUGGGGGCUGACUAACCAUGGCUGAUACCACCGACUGAACAUCCUCACUGGAAACCACCGGGAUCGACUCGGAGAUCCGAUGAAAGCAGCCCUGUGUUGAGCCUCUCCUCGGUGGGUUGGCAUGGCCCAGUGAUGAACGGAGCGGUGCUGCCCGGUAGCCCGGAGCUUUCCUCCUCGUGCCCGCUGCCUGACUGGAGAGAGUUCUGCGAGCUCCACGCCAGAGCCUCGGCCGCCGACUUCGCCGACAAGUUCCAGCGCUUCUUGUCGGAGAACCCGUGCUACGACUCGCCCGGCGCCGAUGCCAGCUUCUCGCAGCACUUCGCCAACCACUUUCUUGAGUGCUUCUCUGCGGCGCUGACCCAGGCCAAGGAGAAACAGGCGUCCUCUCCGGGGGAGGACGGCUGCAACGCUGCGACCAAGUACAGCAUCGUCCCUUUCCUGGGAAUCCAGGGUUGCCCGCUGACCUACGGUCACGACCUCUACCAGAGGCGCAAAGACACUGGGGCUUCGAGUGAGUCUCUGGACAGCAUGGACAGCGGAGGCGGAGGGAUGGACGGGGGAGGCGGUGGCGGCAGCACCUCCUCCAGGGGUCCGCAGAACCACAAGAUGUCCGUCCUGGGACAGUCCCGCAGCUCAGAGGACGUGUCUGUCAACCACCCGAAGGCUCGCUUCAAGAAAGGCUUCUCCCUGAGGAACAUGAGUCUGUGUGUCGUGGACGGGGUGAAGGAGAUGUGGCACAGACGGGCCUCCCCCGAGCCUGACGCCCCCUCGGGAGCCAGGAGGGCCAACGGGGCGGGAGGCGAGGCGGGAGGGGGCGAGAAGUGGUCCCAGAAACUGAGGCUCCCCCGGAGUUCCCAGGGCCACAAGGCCGAGCUGCUGGAGAUCCAGAGGGAGGGGGCGCUGAGGUACAUGGUGGCCGACGACACGAACUGUAUGGGCGCCGCGCAGUGGCAGAAGUGCCGCCUGCUGCUCAGGAAGACCAAGCGGGAGGACGGAGGGGAGAAGUUCCUGCUGGAGUUCUACGUCCCUCCAAAGUGCUCAAAGCCUAAAGUCAGCAUCCCUCUCUCGGCGAUCGUGGAGGUGAGGACCACCAUGCCGCUGGAGAUGCCCGACAAGGACAACACUUUUGUUCUGAAGGUGGAGAAUGGGGGGGAGUACAUCCUGGAAACCAUCGACUCUCUGCAGAAAAACUCCUGGGUUGCUGAUAUCCAGGACUGCAUAGACCCCGGAGACAGCGGCGAUGACAUCGAGCUGGCGUCAUGUCCUCACGGUCAGGCCUCCAAAGACUGCUCCAUGGUGGCCUCUUGCAGCUGCGAGCUGCUUUCCGAGGGUGUGUAUCGUGCUCCAGAGAGGUCCUGUCCCACAGCAGCAGACCAUUACAGCGCCCCCUCAGUUCGAUGUAGGGAGCCUCCCUUCACUCAGCACCCUUCACACAUGCCUUUAGAGCGCUUCCUGCAGUCCCCAGAGGCCCAGAGCUCCAACGCAUCUGCAGGUGGUGGCGAAGGAACGAAGGAGCCAGAGGGCGAUGCCAGUUUGGCAGGCUACCCCUGGUUUCACGGCACUCUGUCUCGUGUUCGAGCGGCUCAGCUGGUGCUUGCGGGCGGAGCCAGGAGUCACGGGCUCUUUGUGAUUCGUCAGAGCGAGACGCGGCCGGGCGAGUACGUCCUCACCUUCAACUUCCAGGGCAAAGCCAAGCAUUUACGUUUGUCCGUUAACGAGAACGGCCAGUGCCACGUCCACCACUUGUGGUUCCACACUGUAACGGACAUGCUGAGACACUUCCAUGCCCACCCGAUCCCCCUGGAGUCUGGCGGAUCGGCUGACAUCACGUUACGCUCCUAUGUGCAGGUUCAGCGAAGCUCCGCUGCAGAUGCGACCGUGCCUACGGUUUUCACUCCUCCUCGGGAUGCAUCCUGCAGAACGGAUCCCGUCCAGCCGGCCCUUCACCCGCCCGGAACCGCAGCUCCUGCGGGGCCUUCGUCAGACGGGCCCCUGUCCUCCAGCACCUCGUCCUCACCCACUGCCCUGCCGUCACUCUCCCGGAGUGACCCCGGUACGGGGCUGGGCGGCGGCGGCCUGCAGAGCCGGAGCAACAGCUCCGAGCGCCUGUUGGAGGCGUCGAGCGGAGCGUCCGAGGAUUACCAUGACGCCGACGGGACCCGCAGGGCCCGCGCCGUGGAAAACCAGUACUCCUUCUACUAAGCAACCCUCCUAAAAAAAAAAACAAAACAAAAGAAAAACAGCGUUUGGCUUGUUUACGUCCUGAAAACACAAGGUGUCAAGGACAACUCCGCACAUUUAAAGAAACAACAACAACAAAACCCUGAUCCAAAUCACUCCUCAUUUCCUCUGUUUAUUUUUGUUCCAGGGAAAUUUCCUGGGAAGUAAAUGAUGCCAAAUGGCGUGUCCGUGCUAACAAAUUCCCCUUUUUGCUUAAUAUCAAGGACGUGGGUAACGGACACCGAACAAGAGGUUAAGAUGCACAAAAAUAAAUAAAUAGAAAAACUUGAAGGUGUGGAUGAUUGCAGGCAGAUGGAGCCAUAUGGUUUUGAUUCACUUCCUCUGUCCGUUUCCUCCUCGGACUUACCCACAUUUCCCCAGGAGCGGAGCCGGUGUGGCCGCCCUGCCAGAGGACUGAGAGUCUGAAAUGACCCUGCAGAAACCCCCCGCCUCCCUCGCUCAGCUCCUUGGAGCAUCCUGUUAAUGUUUGUAAAGCUGCUUUGAAUCUGUCCCGGAUAUCCUCGCUGUCCCCCGAGGAUUUUCUCUUCAGAGUCCGGCUCCGGGUCUUUACACUAACACUGGGACAGCUAGCGCAUGUGUUUGUGUUAGCUGAGGGGUAUUUUUCCUAAACCUGAACAGCCUGAGGGGGUCUUGGUGCCUGACGGUUAGCCUGAACUCAGAACAGACUGAAGCAGACGAGGAUGAGGAGGAGUCGGUUAACAUCCCCAAGUCUAAAAUCUAAAAUGUGAGUUUAAUCUCUGGUUAAAAUCUGCAGUGCCUUGCAAACGCACUCAUAGCCCUGGAUCUUUUCCAUGUUCGGUCACAGGGUUUUUAUGUGUUAGAUCAACACAAAAGUAAAGUAAAUUGUAAUAUGAAAGGAAAAUGAUACAUCAUUGUUUUAAUUUUUGUAAAUGAAAAAUUUAAAAAUGUGUUUCAAAUUCAAAGUCUGCCCCCUUUUACUCUGAUAAACCUAAAAAAAAAAGUCCACUGUAACCAAUAGCCCUCAGUCAACCUGCAUAAAACUUAAUCUCAGUAUAAAUCCAGCUGUUCUGCUGAGGCUUCACAGAUUAGCUGGAGUACGUUGGUGAACAAGAAGACCAAGAAAUGCAUAAAGCUUGGAACUUUAAAUCAAGAUUAGGCUAUUAAACAAUAUUCCAAGCUUUCUACUGCACCACGAUCCAUGUGAUGGAAAGAAGCAACGAAGGAGAACAAAAUUAGACUUUUUGCCCAACAUUAUACAUGAUGACGCUGAACACAUCAUCCCCAUGAGGAAACACAGUGGUAGCGGUAUGAUGCUGUGGGACAUGAAAACCUUUUUAUAUUCUGCAGAAGACUUUAAACUGGGGCAGAGGUUCACUUUCUGGGUCACAACGGAAGAGUGUGCUGUCCACCAAAUCUGACUGGAAAGAAGAAAGGACAAAAAAAAGGUAAAUUUCUAGAUGUGCCUCAGCAGAGCUGAGAACAAGCCUCACUUUACAGAUUUGUGUUUGUAAGAGAUUUUCAAAAACGUUCAUUACCUGCAAUCGUGUUCAACUCUGUGUUGAUCUGUCACGUAAAACCCCAAUUAAAAUAUACUAAAGUUUGUAUUUUAGAGUGACAAGUUGUGGGAAAAGUUAGAGGGAUAUGGCUAUUUUUGCAAGACCGGGUGUUUAAAAGUGUAAAGGUUUAUGAAAGUUUCAGCGAGGUCGCUACAUCCAGACACAAGGUCAGGUGUUUGUUUUGCUAAAAAGUUUGAGAUAGUUUCUAUGAACCGGACAGGACGGCUCCCGUGUCAGCGGGUUGUUACUAUGAAUGUGUGGUAGUGUAUUAGAGUCCAGAUAUUUUUAAUGGUGUGUGUGUGUGUGUGUGUGUGUGUGUGUGUGUGUGUGUGUGUGUGUGUGUGUGUGUGUGUGUGUGUGCUGCAGUGGUGUUUCUGAAACAUGCUUUUCCGGGUUCCUCCGUCCUAGUGGCGGUUCCGUAUUCACAUGCAUCACCAUCAAUGGUAACCUAUAGAACCUAUAGUUUAGAUACUCUGUUAACAUAAGAUUACUUUGAAAUAAUGCCUUGAGGAUAAUAUGAUUAAACCAAAUCCAGAUUUAUUUGGAGGGACUUGCAACAUGUUUUUUUGUGUGCGUGUGCGUGUGCGUGUGUGUGUGUGUGUGUGUGUGUGUGAAAGGCAGCGUUGGGGAUUGUUGUGUGCUCUGCAUGUAAGCUUGUGGGUAUUGACUGGGACAAAGUGGUCAAGGUGGCCAUGCUUGAAUAGAAACAUGGUGUUUAUGCCGUUUCAUUUGAACUGAAGUUUUAUGCAAAUUAUUUCAAGGAAAAUCUGAUUUACGUUCAAAUUACAUCACAUUCAGUUUGAAAAACGACCUCAUUUGGGUUAUUUUGCGAAUCCAAUAUGGACGAUAAAAUUAACAAAGAUUAUUGCGUCGGACAGGCAGCAGCGACGUCCAGAAACAAGUAAUUUUUUUUGUUCAGUUUGCCAAAAAGAUUAUAAAUGGCAGAAGUUUCAUGUGAAAACUGUUCUCUUAAAGUUAGCAACAGGGAAAAAAAACACAAAAAAAACGUUACUUUCAUUGGAAACACAGUUAAGUGUCUUAUCGAGUAUGGCCACCGAGCCUGGAGGGUGAUUUCGGGUGGAGCAGCUCAUGUGCCAAUACGAAUCCUAUUUUUUGAAAGCCAGUUAUUCCUUCACCCAUGUAAAUGACAUGUUUCCUAUCGAGUCUUAUUUAUGUACAACCGGUUCUUCUUUAUGAAACAGUGGAGGAAAAAAACAAAACACCCCAACCCGUCCCGCAUAUCAGCGGCCGCACUUCUUUCUGUUCUACGUAACUCUCCCACAGCUGAACUUUCUGUUGUCCGACUGAGUUUUGAAGAGUCUGUGCAAUUUUGUACAAAGUGAUGUAAUUGACAUACUACUUUAUAUUUCUGUGAAUAAAACGUGACUCUAUUGGA